UUCUGAGUCUAGAUGUAUUUCACAGGUCCUUUCAAGGCAAAAUGUAAUAUUGAAGCCUGGUUUACAUAGUCUACAUCUAAUCGUCAAACUAUGAGAUAUAUCAUCAAUAAAGUUAUUCAAAUUAUUUGAUUUAAUGGUACCAGAUAUGUAUAAAUAGUGUCAAUAAUUUGGCAGGGUUUGAAGGGUACAUCCGGGUAGUUUCAAAAUGGAAACUUUCUUCUUGCGAGAAAAAAUUAUAAUUUUUACAAAAGUGAUAAAAUACAUGAACAAUGUGAAGUAAUCAAUUAAUGAAGCCUGGUCGUGAGGGAAGAACAACACGCUCUCCUUCUGUAUGCAGUGGAAUAGAUGACAUAGAUGUACAAAUAAUCGUUUGAAUGCUCUUUUUACGGAGCUGCUGCUGCCUAAAGGGCGAGCCAGAAUGUCCCAGACUUGGUAUAGAUUUUGGAUUGGAGACUAGCCUAAUUAGCUCAAAAUCCUCCAAAAGAAGCCGUAAACAAAAUGGCUUCCUGUCGAUUGAGAUGCCACAUAAAGUGCGUGAGCUGCACUGUGCGGUGAUGAGUAAUGAUCGUGAGAAGAUUCGUAUGUUGAUAAGUCAAGGUGUGGAUAUCAAUUAUCCAUGGAGCAACCCCAGUAACCCUAGUGUUAAAGAUGGCUGUACUCCAUUGUUGUGUGCUGUCUCUCUAAAUCAUGGAGAAAUAGUGGAGUUGUUGAUCAGUGCUGGAGCUUAUAUAAACAAAUGCGACCGGAAUGGUUGCACGCCAAUAUUCAAGGCAGCAUUCCAUGGCCGCCCAAAUCUCAUAGAGAGACUCGCUAGAUCAGGAGCUGAUGUUAAUUUAGCAGAUAAUUCUGGUCGGACCCCACUCUAUAUAUGUGUACACAAUGCUAUUGUACACUCAUGUAAUGGAGCAGUUAUGAAGCUUGUAGGGAGAGGUGCAAUUAUUGAUAAAUGUGACCAUUCCGGUCGUGCCCCAUUACACGUCGCAGCCCACUGGAAGUUGAGUACUCUCAUAGAGUUGUUGUUCAGGAGUGGCGAGAAACGGGAGUACAUUAUCAACAUGAUAGACAAUAGUGGACGUACGCCCCUCUACAUGUGUAUGAGCUCACUCAGCACAACACUUUACAAGGAGGACCUAAAACACCAGCUACCCUGUGCGGCACUUUUAUAUAAGAAUGGCGCAGACAUGUUAAAUCUGACUGAGUGGAUUAAACUAAAAGGCGAUGGUAUACCAAAUGAUAUUAUAUCCAGUGAUUCAGAGUUUUCUAAGUGGUACAAAAGUCAAGCUAAUUCUCCACUAAGUUUAAAGAAUCUCUGCCGAAAGGCUAUACAGAAGCGCCUCAAAGAUAAGGGCAGUUUGGUUGUACUGGUGCGCUCUCUCCCUUUACCCCCAGUAUUGACACAGUAUGUCUCACGCAAAUUGUUCCACAGACACACCACACGAUCCAUGUUUAACAGACACAUCACACGUACAUAAAUCGCCCACUUGGGCUAACAAAAGAUACAUUAGCAAAAAGUAAAUCAAACGACACAGCCAAAAAUAAAUUUCAAAAUAUGUUCUUAACUUAAACACUAACUUAAACACAUUCAAAACACAAAACAAAUUACAUCUUAUAAUAUAUAUUUCACAAACUUGAAAUAUUAACUUGAACAAUUUACACACAUCCAAGCAUAAACACAAGCCUUACAAGAGAGGAAGAAAACAAUUGAAAAUAUAUUUAAAGGAGAUGACUAUAGAAAUCUUUAUUUAUUAAAUUAUAAGUUCAGAUCUACAUUCAUUAAGUUCUGUUUUUUUAAUUCAGAAUUAUAAACUGAAAUUAAACAUAAAUGAAUGGUACCAUACACUGUACAGCUUUAUAAGCUGAUUUAUAUGAGAUUUCAUGUAAAAUUAUGUUAAAAACAAAUUAUUGUUGAGUUUAAUUCUUUUUAUAACAAGAAUCUCUAUAAGUGUACAAGUUUUUCUAGUCAGAUACAUUCAUUCUUGAAACUAAUCUAACUGCCAAGAGAUAUGGAAUACUACUAACAUUAUAGUGAAAUGCAGUUUUGUGCACCAAGGCCAUAUUUUAGAUAUCUGUUGUCAUAAAACCAGUGCAGUCAAACUAUAAAUAUCAGAAAUUAAGGGGAAAGUGCAGUCCUUCGAUCUCUACAUGAAGAAAUAUUUAUUAAAGUUAAAGGACCAGGCAUUUUAUGGCAAAUGAUUUAAGA